AUGGGUCCCCAAGUUGCCCUCCUGGUGGCGGCGCUAGCCGGCUGCCUGCUUCCUGCCCGGAGCUGUGUCACGUGUGAUCGAAGUGUCGUGGCUGCGCUGGACUCCUUCGAUAAGGAAUACCUGCCUACCCACCUGGCGCCCGAGCGUCACAGAGAAGUGAUGAGAACGAUAAAAGCAACCGUGGGGAAUUUCACCAAACUGCCAAAUUUACAGCGUUCCUUUAUCGGGGUUAUCGAUGAAGCCACAAUGGAAACGUCAGUCUUGAGUUUUCUGAGGAGUGUGAAAUAUAUCACAAACCGUGGUUUAAGAGAUGACACUUUAGAGAAGGAGUUCUCUGAGAUGUUGACUCGGGAAAAAGAAAGCUUUCAGAGCUACGUCGUUCGGUUCCAGAGAGAGGAUUUCUGUCCCAACAAAUGUGGUACGAUGUUGCAGCUUCUGCUCUGGUGUCACAUAUGCAGAAAACGCCUUUACCUUUGUCGAAAGUCCACAGAUUGCGGAGUGCGCCAAAUCAACGUCCACGAAAAGGAAGACUUGGUCCUGGACUGUGAACUCAACUGGCAUAAAUUAUCUGAAGGCCUGACCAACUACAGCUUUUACAGGGUUUGGGGGAGCAAUUCUGAGACCUUGGUGUACAAGGGGAAACGACCCACCCUGACCAAGCCCCUCGUGGGGCCAGAGGAUGCAGGUACCUACCGCUGCGAGUUGGGCACUGAGCGACAUGGCCCAUCCACGAUCAUCCAUUUUGAAGUCACAGUGUUGCCUCAAAGAAUCAUUGUGGAGACAACGUCCAAGUCUUCAACCUUUGUAACCCAGCCUUCAAUGUUUGUAACCCGGUCAUCAACCAGUGGAACCCUGGCCGAGAUCUGGCAUGACCGGUCCCUAACUGUCGGGAGGGCAGAGUACCUGAAGUUGGAGAAUAGGCUGAGAGGCCGUCUGAUAGGGCUGCUGAUCUGGGGCUUUGUGGUGCUGAUCAUCGGCAUUCUCACCGUCGUCCUUUGCUUUCGGCCUGGGAAGGUGAUCGAUUCCAUGAAUACCUGGUUCUCCGCUGACAGGGCGGGUCUUCCAUAG